AUGAGCAUAUCCGGGAAUCUAGCCAUUAAUUUUGAAAGGGACGCAUCUAUGGACACACUUUCUUUGCCCACACUGAAUGCAACCCUUGGGCCGAAGGUUGUUGAUGUGCGUAAACUUUAUGCAGAUUAUGGAAUCUUCACAUACGACCCAGGCUUUACAUCCACCGCCAGCUGUGAAUCAAAGAUUACCUUUAUUGAUGGUGACGAAGGGAUCCUUCUCCAUCGAGGAUACCGCAUUGAAAAACUUGCAGAAAAAAGCCACUUUUUGGAGGUUUCUUACCUCCUCUUAAACGGCGAGCUUCCAACAGAAGAAGAACUCAAAAAUUUUGAACAAGACGUUACCAUGCAUACGAUGGUACAUGAACAACUGAUCAACUUCUUCCGUGGUUUCCGACGCGACGCGCAUCCGAUCGCCGCUAUGGCGUAUAAAUACGCAAUGGGUCAUCCUUUCGUCUAUCCUUCAAACGAACUCUCUUAUGCAGGCAACUUCUUACAGAUGAUGUUUGCCCUGCCUUCACAACCUUAUAAAGUGAGCCCCAUCCUAGAAAAAGCCAUGGAUCGCAUUUUGAUUCUUCAUGCCGAUCACGAACAAAAUGCCUCUACAUCAACGGUGCGUUUGGCUGGAUCCAAUCGCGUCUG